GAUAGAUGGCGAGAUUUUAAUUUGUAGCUGGUAACCUUGUCCUAAUUUGUCAACCUUACAUUUUAGUAAAGACAUUUUAAAAAAUCCAUAAAAUUCCUAUAGUUUAAUUAUUGUUUUUAUGGAAAUUUCUUGUAUUAUCGUAUGACUUCACGUUUCCUUAUAUAUUCAUAACAAUGUCUCAUUUGUGUGAUUGUAUAUCUGAAAGAAAUUUUGACGUAAACAGGCCAUCAGGUGCACAACUUUCCACGUCGCAACCUUUUCGUUCUAAAAGUUCUUUAAAUAACAGGAUUCAAGAACAUCAGAGCCACUGCCCCAGCAGAAAAACUCAAAAAACAAGACAUAAACAGUUACAAGAUGAGGCUGGAGCGUCUUCGUUAACAUUCACUAAUUCGUCACUUAGCGAUAUAUCGACACAGUGCCAAAACAUAAACAUAAGCAGUGAAAAUGAUGAAGUAGACCAGGCAGUUUUAUCAAAAAAGAAGAAUUCAAAGAAAAAAGAGAAGAGAAAGAAAUUGAAAAUUGAGGCAAGAAAAGGUGAGACAAUGGAUAUCCCACAAACAUCAGAUUUUCAGGCAGAGACCUCUGGACAAAGCGAUGUUGCUUCAUUGAAGGACUUCUUUGCUCAUCAAAUAAGUCCUUUGUAUGCAUCUACUAACUCAAGGUAUCUAGAAAAUCUUCGCCAUCAUCCACAAUUCCAGCUAUCUCAAACCAUGCAGGCAGCAAAUGAAUAUUUAACACUUCAUACUGGAAGCUUGCCAAAUACUCCAGUUUUUCAAACAAUUGUGAACCCAACAUCCAUGAGUAUACCAAAUUCACCAAAACCUGUGGUUGAAACAAUGACUCGAAAAUGUUAUCAGAAUUUUUUACAACAUCCAUUACUCAGUAAAACUUUUAAUGUGAGAAAUAAUGGUGAACAUUUCUCAAUGAUGGUACCAGGAGAAAUGGCAGGUACUUCUAAUGCUCAAAAUAAAAAACAAAAUAAGAAAAAGGAUGGUGGUGAUAAUAAAUUUGAACCAUACAUAUCUGCUGAGAAAAUGGAAGCUGGAUUAAAAGAAAAUAUAUUGAUUGAAGGAGUACUUAGGAUAAACCCAAAACAAUUCCAACAUGCAUAUGUUUCUAGUAGUGACAGAAGUGAACAAGAUAUUCUCAUUGAUGGGAUAAAGAACCGUAACCGUGCCUUGGAAGGUGAUGUUGUUGUUAUAGAGUUUAUAGAGAGUGAAAAUGGUGACAAUGCUGAAGAAAGUAAUAAUAAACAAAAGAAGGGGAAAGUGGUAUACAUCAAAGAAAUAGUUCAUAAUAGAAAUUGUAUUGGAACUUUAAAACUAAUGCCAGACAAAAAUAGGCAGAAAGCACUGUUUAUUCCUCGUGAUCUCAGGAUUCCACGGCUUAAUAUACCAUUUACAAGUUGGCCAGAUAAUUUUUAUGCAGACUAUAAGACAUAUGAAAAUAGCUUGUUUUUAGCGAAAAUAGUUGAAUGGACAGAUACUAGAUUUGCCAUUGGCAAAAUUGUUUGUAAUAUAGGACAAUCUGGAGACAUGGUUACAGAAACUAAAGCUAUAUUAGCUCAAACAGACUUAGAUGUAACUCCAUUUGGACCUGAAUAUAGACAUUUAUACCCUCGUUUAGAUUACGAAAUACCAGAUGAGGAAAUUGCUCGCCGAGAGGACUGCCGCAAGUUGUGUGUGUUUAGCAUUGAUCCAUUCAAUUGUCGAGACAUUGAUGAUGCUGUGUCUUGCAGACAACUUGAAAAUGGAAAUUAUGAGAUUGGAGUUCAUAUAGCUGAUGUUGCACAUUUUUUAACAGAAGAUACGCCAUUAGAUGAAAAAGUAGCAGAUAAAGCUACAACAAUUUAUUUAGUGGAAAGGGCUUACCACAUGUUGCCAGAUGAGCUUUGCAUGCUUUGCUCUUUAUUUCCUGGCGUUGAUAAAUUGGCGUUUUCUGUGUUUUGGGAAAUAACUGAAGAUGCAAAGGUACUUAGCCACAGAUUUUCUAAAACAGUAAUUAACUCCUGUUGCCAACUUGCUUAUGAGCAUGCUCAAUCGGUACUUGAUGACAAGGAAGACUCUAAAAAAAGUUUUCCUGAAACUUACAAUAACUUUGACUAUGAAGAAAUUUCUAAAGCAAUUAAAAUUAUUGCUAGUAUUGCACGGAAAAUUAGAAGGGGACGAUUUGACAAUGGUGCUUUAAGAAUAGACCAACCUAAAGUUUCUUUUCAUUUAGAUCCUGUCAGUGGUCUGCCUGACUCAUAUUGGAUAAAUGAAAGCAGAGAAAGCCAUCAACUUAUUGAAGAAUUUAUGUUACUCGCAAAUAUGACAGUUGCUGCCCGAAUAAAAGAGGAUCAUCCUUCACUGGCAUUUUUAAGAUGUCAUCCAAAACCUAGUAGUUAUAUGUUGACACAAUUAGCUAAGUCUUUACAGCUAAUGGGCAUUGAAUUAAACAUCAACUCUGCUGGAGAGCUACAUCGUUCAUUGUUAGAACAUACUGGCCCAGAUUGUACAGAUAAGGGAAAGGAGAUGGUUUUAAACAUGUUGUGUGCUAAGCCGAUGACAAGAGCUAAAUAUUUUUGUGCCCAUGGAUGCGAUGAUGACGACUUCCAUCAUUAUGCUUUAAAUGUUCCACUUUAUACUCAUUUUACUAGCCCAAUAAGAAGAUAUGCCGACAUUAUGGUACACAGGUUAUUGGCUGCAAGUUUAAAUUAUCGAGAAACCCCACAAUGGCAAGUUGACAAAGUCCGUAUGAUUGCUGCACAAUGCAAUAAACAAAAAUACAAUGCAAAAAAGGCUAGUGAAUUAUCUACAGAAAUGUACACACUUAAAUACAUAGAAAGAAAGUCUCCUGUAGUGACUGACGCAGCUGUUGUAGAAGUGAGGGAAAAAUACAUUGACGUCAUAAUUAUAGCAAUGGGAUUGAACAGAAGGAUAUUUUUUAACAAUGAUUUUCCUGGAAAAUACCAAUGCAUUAAAAAUGAUUGUGCCAGACUUUCAAAGAUGGAAAUAACAUGGAAUGCUGUUAAUGAUUUACCACAAGUCAAGCAAGUCAUACAAGUAUUUUCCAUUUUACAAGUGGAAUUAUACAGGGGCGACGACAUGAUAAAAGUUGAAACGAAACUCGUGAGGCCACUGCCAGAAGCAACAUCUUAACGACAAUAAUUCAUUGUCUACAAUGUAUUUUGACUAUUCCUUGUGAUAAUUUGUACCUAAAAGAAUGGAUUAAUAUUUUUAGAUUGAUACAAGAUAACGGUUUUGCGCAGAUUUUUAUUCCUAGCAUCAUAUUAUAUUAUUAUAAAAUAAAAUUCAUAACGAAAACUUAUGAAAUCUUGUAGGUAUCAAAUUUUAAAUAUAGGUUUCCUGUGUUUGUGAGGUAUUUUACUCAAUUUUUAUAAUGAAAUGUGUGAUUUCUUUUAUUUGCCAAUAGUUAUUUAUAUUUAAUGUGUGGUAUUUUCUUUAUUUACCAUUAGACAUUUUACUUAGUACAAGUAAAUAAUAAAAUAUUUUCUUAGUUUUAGGGCUAAAUGCUCAAUCAAUGCUUGACUUAUUACAAACUGCUGUAUUUUAAAUAAUGAAAUUGUACAUAAUGUAUUGUUAUAUUUUGCGUAAUUAAAAUAAUCUUGAGGAGAAAUA